AUGAAGGAUUAUUAUGACGAGUGAAAGUUUGAGGGAAUUCCCGGAAGGUGACUUUGUGCGGCGCGAGUGUCGUCACCGUGUGUUGCGUCGUGUUCCCUGGCGGGGAGGCGGUGUGUUGUGUUCCCUGGCGGGGAGGCGGUGUGUUGUGUUCCCUGACGGGGAGGCGGUGUGUUGUGUUCCCUGGCGGGGGAAGGCAGUGUUGUGUGCUGUACGUGUUGUCGCGAAGACUGGUGGCUCUUACGAUACUGGCAUCCAUAACUCCAGCUGUGACGUAUUAUCUAAGAAAUGGUACAGGAAUAAACAAACGAGAGAGAGAGAGAGAGAGAGAGAUAGCAAAAUGGACACCCGAACAUCAUGGACAGCUGUGUUACUCCUUCUGCUAAGCGCCGCAGUAGCACCAGCACUCACACAGGGAGAAGCGUUGCACGAGGAGCACCCCGCGGAAGGUCCACCACAGCCCAAGGAGCCGACGACCGAGACCAGCGCGGAUGAUUGCAUUCCAGGAGCCUCGGAGCACGACUUGAACGUCCCAGAAUCUAGUGCAAACCUUUCCUCCAUCACUGAUUUUGGGCUGGACCUGUUCCGAGAGCUCUACCCGUAUAACACAACAGAGAGGAACUUCUUCUUCUCCCCCUACAGCGUCUGGUCAGCUCUCUCCUUAGCGUAUUUCGGCUCCAAGGGGCAAACUGAGGAGGAGCUAGCGGCGGCCCUUGGAGUGACGGAUAAGGUGACCGCUCUCAAGAGUUGGCGAGCGCUGGAAUUCUUGUACGCUAUGAGGCAAGCGAACAAGUCUAGCUACACCUUCAAUGUUGCCAACCGAGCCUACUUUGACGAAUCUGUACAACUGCGGCCUUGCAUAGAGCAGAUCCUGACCUCCGAGCUGGCAACAGUGGACUUUACAAAGCCUGACGUCGCAGCAGCAGAGAUCAAUUCCUUCGUAUCCAACACCACGAAGGGCAGGAUUCAGGAUCUGGUGACGCCCGCGCAUGUGGCCGGCGCGAGGAUGGUGUUGGCCAAUGCGGCGUUCUUCAAGGGCGUGUGGCUCUACCAGUUCAAGAAGUCUGCCACCGCCAAGGGACUCUUCUACUCCAGCUUCGAGGACUACACCUUCGUGGACAUGAUGCGGCAGAAGGGGAACUUUAGAUACGGUAAGGAGGAGGAAGAGGAAGAGAAGUUGAAGGAGAAGGAUGGAGAUAAGCAAAAUUAAGGAACAUACGAACAU